GCCCUUCUUUUCCCUUAAGAUGCUAUCAAUCGCGAUCCCCAGUCAGAAUACCCGGUCGGGUAUUUUAGGUAGGGACCGGGGAUUGUUGAAACGCACCAUCGAGGACAGGGGAUUAAUCCCCGGUCAAGGUCAAGAAUACUCGACCAGGGAUUUAUACUCAAUGCCCAGGCCCCCUUCUGCUUCUCAAACGCCCAAAAGU